ACUGCAAAAUGUCUCGAAUUUCAUCCACUUUUUACAAAAAUUCGAGUGGCUAUUGAUUGAUUGUUUAAACUUUUAACAGUAUUCACUUGGUAAUUGGUGGGAUUCCUUGUGAUUUGAUUUAGGUUGAUAUUCCAAAGCUUUGAGGUUCACAAUUUUACGGACUACAAGUAUUUCCAAACCUAGCCAAAAUCAAAUUAGAACUUUCUAAAUAAACUAUAUAAGCUUUGGUGGCUAGAAUGGCUGAUAAGAUCUCUGAGCCACUAGGAUCACAAACGCCAGAUCUGCAUGAGUGGAGACGAUCGCUGAGGUCCCCCAGUCCAGGGCGAGGACUGCGAACCAGCUCCAGCAUGGAGUUGAUAUCAAAAAGUGUCAGAUCUAGGACACCAUCACCACACAGAGGAAGAGAAAGGUUCAGAUUAAGAUCUCGAAGCCCUUCCCCAAAUGCUGGUUUAAAAGGUGCUAAUCUAACUGAUGUUCCUAAAAAGUCAUCCAUGAAACGAAACAAUAUUGCAAAUGGAUUAAGAAAAAGCCUAGGUAGUAGCUUGACAGCUGAUCUAAGUAUGAGUGGUAAACUCAACAAGUCUGCUGGACAAUUAGCAAACAUUGAGGCAGAGUACAUAAAAAAUCUUCAACAACAAAUUUAUUUUUUGGAACUUGAAGCUAACUACUUACGCGAGCAGGCGAGAAAAGCGACAGAAAUGCAUCCCCAGAUGACACAAGAAGCUGAAAAAAUGUUGGCCAAACUGAGGGAGAUGCAGACCCAGAUGGACCUGAUGGACCUGGAACUGAAGAGAAAAGAUUCCAGCAUUGGCAUCUACACUUCAGAGAAGGAGAAAAUACAGCAGGUGCUACAGACUGAGAGAGAAAGCCGAGCCAAAGAGAAGCGUCUGCUGACAGACGAGCUGGUGACCAUGAAGAAAGACAAAGACCGGCUCCAGAGAGAGCUGGCCAGGAAAGACGAGCAGCUUCUGGAGGCCAAGUCUGAGGUGGACCGCAGCAUUCUGGCACUGAAAAAUGCUGAGACUAAGAUAAACACGCUGAAAGCUCAACUGGAGCAGCGGAUAGAGCAACACAACCUGACCCAGCUGGCCCUAGAGGAGAAGAGGGCGGAGCUGAUCAGCACGGAGACACAGCUGAGGGAGACAGAGGAGAAGUUCAUCUCUAGCACUGUCACAAUCAAGGAUAAAUUAACCCAGGACCUAAGGGAUGAAAUCCGAGUGCUACAUCAGAGGAUGAAGGAAACAGAGCUGAGCGCUGAGAAAGACAGGUUCCUCAGAGACAAGGUAUCUGAUGAAAUGGCCAGUCUAGUGAAGGAGAACUCUGCACUGAGUCAAAGAGUUGCAGAACUUGUCUACCAGCUGGAGCGGGAGAAAGAACUGAGAGAAUCCACUGAGUCUCGCCACCUGCACAGUGUCGGGGAAAUGGUGACCAUGAAGGACAGACUGCAUGAGAUGGACAGGCUCAGGGAUGAGCUGCGUCAGGAGAAGGAGAGAGCACGCCAGUACUUAGAGCAGCUGACCAAUGAACAGAUGACCCACAAGAAGACAGAACUGCACCUGAACACCUUCAAGUCACGUCUGACAGAGACAGAAGGGAUGCACGGGGUGCUGGAAUCUGAAACAGAUCAACUCCGGAAGGACAAGUCCCUUCUUGUAGACCACAUUGCAGAGCUACAGAGAAAGAUUGAGGAACGAGACCAUGAGAUAAUUGAGCUCAGAACUAAUGUGAGUGACCUUGAGACCAAGUUCAGGAACCUGGGCCUGCAGAAGACCAUGGAGAUGUCGCAGCAGAGCCAGCGUUGGGAGGAGUUCUCUCGCCUGGCAGACAGCAUGAAGUCCUUGUCCAAGUCCAUGAUGUCCCAGACUUCUAUGGGGAACUUCCACUCCCAUCAUAGCAUGACACCACAACAAUAUUAACCCUUGCCAACCCAGACAGUAGGAAAUAUAAUGUCUCAACAGACUUCUAUGGGGAACUUCCACUCCCAUCAUAGCAUGACACCACAACAAUAUUAACCCUUGCCAACCCAGACAGUAGGAAAUAUUAGUAAAAAAUUAUGAUGUCUCAAUCUCCUAGGGUAAUUCAACUCCCAUUAUACCUUGAAAAAUAUUAACCCUUUCUUAACUAGUUAAUAAUUAAAGUUAUAAAUUUUUAAAUCAGAUUCAUGAGAAAAAAAAUUAUAAAAGCAGUCUUUUUUUAUUUUAGAUUUAAGAAUAAGUUUAAGUAUAAU